GUCACAGCCGUCUCUUUAAGAGCCCUCGCCCGCCCCCUCUGCUGUAUUUUUAGCUGAGCAAUGCUCUACAGAUGCUGAACAGGACGAGCAGCGGUGCGUGUGCCAUAAAUGAUCACUCUUAAAUCUUCAGGUCCGUUAAAUGAUGCGUUCAAGCGCUUGAUCUCUCCUACGAUAAUCGCGCCUGCUGGAAACGGGCGGCUGGAUGCUAGAAAAAAAAACCCGCUGGAGCCUAUGAGGAGGGGAUGAGGUGUGCCAUCAUGGAUUUCUGAGAAGGCUUCGAGGAGCGAAAAUGGACGAAAAUAAAUUGCUUUAAGUCGCAAAGCAUCGAGCAGGCCCCAGAGCGUCCGGUGCGCCUCUCCGGUGCGUCUUUCGUACGUUUGCAUCUAAAACGUCCCACUUUCUUCGAUUUCUAGACCCUCCAAAAAGCCUUCAAGACGGACGGGGUUGUGGAGCACCGAGGCAAAAACCGGGCCAACAUGCGGGAGAGGGACUUCAUGCCCAACAUGGAGAGGGGCAAGCCGGCCACGUACACGGGGGACAAGAAAGCCAAGAUGGCCGCGAAGACCAACAAAAAGUGGGUACGGCUGGCCACCGUGUUCGCCUACGUGCUCUCCGUGUCCCUGGCGGCGAUCAUACUGGCCAUUUAUUACAGCCUAAUAUGGAAGCCGACAAUGCAAGGUUCAGGACUUGGGGUGUCAGGCGGGUCCAAAGGAAACAACAGCGCAUCCACGAACGUCUCGACCAGCGUUAACGGAACGAGCGCCAAUUUCACUCAAGCGGACAACGGCACGAGCGCAAACGGUACACAAAUAAACUUGGGGUUUAAUGCGACUGCCGCCGGAAACGAGAGCGCGGCCGCAGAGAUUGCAGAAAGAGCGCGCGCCUACUCGGCCGCCAUUGAAUACACGCCUGCCAGCGAACAGAUAAAACCAAGCGCGUUUGAACAGUACAGAUAUGAUCAAAACUCGGGCAGUGUUACGAGUCCGAGCGACGCGAAAAGGGAAAAGCGCGAGACGGUGCGCUCUCGAAACGAGCCCAGGGAACCGGAACAGAGAGGACCAGAAGGACCUAAACUGGUUUAAGCUUACACUUCAAACCGCAUGCUUCCGCAUAAAUCAUGUGCAAAAGCAGUACAAUUUCGAUAUACUAUUUAGUGCGGUAACGUGCGGUUUAGGACGUAGCCUAAGUCAGUUUGGUGCAUAGGGGCGAGCGCGCGCGCGGCCGAAGCUGACAGCUAAAGGAUUCGUGGAAUGAUGUGAAGUAUUGUAUGCCUGGUGCAUGGACGCCAACUUGAUUUUGCUAACGCACAGCAAAGACUUGGUUAUAUUUUUUUAAAACAUUUCCAUGUAACAUAAAACUAUCUUUCAUUUUAGGGCACAUGGCACCUGUUUGAUGGACACUAAAUUCAAGACUGUUUGGCAUAGCCAUCCAGCUUUCCAAGUCACCUCCAUGUGCUUGCAUAGUUUCUGAACAGUAUAGCCUGCCAUACGUAUUUAUUUGAACUGCAGAACGAAAAUAAUUAACAGCAUCUCUGUUUCUUUAGAACAAUGAUACUUUUUCUUUUGGACCCGAGAUUAAAAUAUUGUAAGAAGAAAAUAGUUUGCAUUGAAUUUCAUUGGAACAAUGUCCAUAUAGCCUCCCAAUUAAACAGGAUUCCUAGUUCAGAGGAACCUGUGUCGAGUUCCGCUCAGGUAUGUGCAAAUAUUAAUGUAAAUGUAUUGUGUAUUUGGUACAUAUAUAUAUAAAAAUGUACAUAGGUCACAUGUAGGCUAUUUGGUAAAUGUACAUAGUGCACAUGCUCAGGCCUUGAGUGAACUUUCAGCAUAGGCUACUUUUUACAAAAAAUCAUGUAUACUAGCUACAAAUAUAUAUAUAUAUACACCACCCCAAAGGCAAAUAAAGGCCCUUGUAAAAGCAUGCAUGGCUUCCAUGUUUUUGUCAAAGUGUAUUUUAUCUAUAUGGUUUUUAAGCAUCUUAUUCCAAUGCCUACAGACAAAGGCUAUUUAAAUAGUUAGGGGUCUUUAGAUUCCUAAAAAAGUGCUACUUGAAGCUCUUUAUUUAGGAAAACACUCUGCUCAUAUAAGCUACUUGAAAAAAAUGAAGAACCAUUGGCUGUAAAAUGAAUCCCAGAGUUUCUGGCUAAAGUGUUUAUAUUUUAUAAAUUGUCCUUUAGUUUGGGGUUUAACCAAAAGUUUAAACCAAAACUUCAUCCUGAACUAGGGAUACUACUCAGAAUAGCACUCCAUCAUAGGUUGCUAUAGUUACCAUAGAUUUUGACCUACUGUUUAGUGUACUACUGUGUGAUCUAACAAAAGCGCUGGAUUAUUGAAACACUUGAUGGAGUGAUGGAGGGAAGUAGGGCAGUAGGCAGAUAAGCAAAGGCAAAAAAAAAAACAACCACUAUUGUUAUGUAACUUAUGAUGUUAUAAGGUCAACACUGCUGGGCGCCUACACUUAAGGUAACAAACUUUGAACAUAAAUGAGUUUCCUUUAAUCACAGUAAAAUGAAAGGAAUUGAGGUCUACUAAAGAAGAAAUGAAUUCACUGUAAAUAAUGACAGGUGAAAUAGUAAGCAUUUAAUCAACACCAAAUACAGAUAUGAUUUAUACAGUACAUCUGUGUGUGUCUGUGUGUGUGUGUGAGAGAGAGAGAGAGAGAGAGAGAGAGAGAGAACGGUAAUGGACCAUAGUGUUUAUGGGCCUCUAUCAGGAGACAACACUGAGAGCUCAUUCAUCUUCUGAGUCAUUUCUAGCCAUCUAGGAUGUGAUCAACAUAAUCACAAUUUCACACACAAACACACACACACACACACACACAGACACACACACACACACACACACACGCACACAGACUGCUUAAUGCAAGUCUGCAUUGUAUAUAGUUGCUGCACUGACAGCUGUUCUUGUAAACAAGGUGUCCCUGUAGGCUUCUUUGAUUCAGCCUGCCUUUUAGCAAAGAAAAAAAAAGUGAUUAAGUGGUAGCAUAGGAGCAAAUCAAUAGUAAGCACUGAGGGGCAUCAAAUGUAUCAAACCCACUGUCCAAUUUCGUUGUGGCUUGAUCACUUUAGCUUGAAUGUGUUUUGUGUAUGUAGUUAUUAAAAAUUAUUUAAAAAUAAUUAUUAAAAUAAAAUGCAAACGAUCCUCUUAAUGGGACCAAUCCCAGAUUGUGUCCAGUGUAUUGGCUCUGAUGUCUUCAUUUCAGACCAAAAAGGCAGAUGGAUGUACAGAAGACAUCACUAAUGAAGAAAUGCACUCUGACAGCAUCUUUCACUCUCAUUACCCCUGCAUUCCCAUCAAGCCUAACGAUCUGUAAAUGUCUCAGCUAGGCCUGUAUUGGAAAUGGUGUUCAAAGAAGAAUCGGGUCUGUAAGUGUUAGAAGCAUGAGCAAUUGUAAAAACCACAAAUCGUAAAAGUAAAAGCAUCUUUUGAAAGGGAAAUAGCAACUGUGGUUUAUGGAGUUACAUAAUGGCUGGGCUUUAGAGAGGAUCUAGAGCUCCAUUACUGAUCUGAGUGAGACGUAGAGAGGAUUGGGGCCAUGGUGAUGGCUCAAUCACAGACAAACACACACACACACACAUAUGCUAUCUGUAAACACAACCCUGUGUUCCUACACCUGCUGAUCUCAAACUAACACCACGAACCACAGCUUGAGACAUCCUCUGGAGCACUGGAGUAGCCCUGAGCUUGGUGUGUUUAUGUGCGUGCUUGAGUUGAUGAUAUGAGCAUAGGACCCAGGUGCGGCUGAUAUAAUGCAAUGUGCGUCAAGAGACUCGGGAGCCAUUUUACAAUAAACAGCAAGCUGCGACAUAUUUAAAGGGCAGGAAGCAAUGAUGAAGAAAUGACCCUGCAUGGUUUUUUUUAGCUUCAUUACUCACAUAUGAAGAAAAACUUUUGGGGAGUUACUGAAGGAAUGAAGCUGUAAGUAUAAGAAAGGUGUGGAGCCGUUCUCUCGUCUUUACUGUAUAUUCCUGAAGUGAGGUUUCAAGGCAUCAUAUGUACAUUAUAAAGCAUUAAAGAAUCAAAUCAGUGAUUGAUUAUAAGAAAUGCAAUUCUGGGACAGUUACAUAAUCUGUAUCUUAAAUAUGUGAUGCACAUGUAACACACCUGCACACCAUAACACACCACAAAGACUCAGUUCUGCACACUGCACCUCUACUGUUACUGUAACACACCUGCACAUUACUUUCCAUUCUGUACUUAUUCUUAUUUCUUAUUGUUUCUGUUUAUUUUAAUUCUCACGUCUUAAGCGGGGUCAGUUUUUCAUUUCAUCAAUAAAUAUGAAGUUGUAUAUUGUCUGUAUAUGUGACAAAUAAAAUCUUGAAUAUUGAAAUCUUCA